UCCUUCCCGCUCGGCCGCGGGCCCCGGAGCGACCGCCGCGGUUCCGACCGAGGCCCGUGGCUGGCUCGGCUCCACGAACAUGAACUGGACGGCCGCCGCGUGCUGGGCUCUGCUGCUAGCGGCCACCUUCCUGUGCGACAGCGGCUUGGCCAAGGGCGGCCGCGGCGGGGCUCGCGGCAGCGCCCGGGGCGGGCUGCGCGGGGGCGCGCGCGGGGCCCCGAGGGUGCGCGUGAGGCCUGCGCCCCGCUACGCCGGCUCCUCGCUGCGCGUGGCCGCGGGGGCGGCGGCGGGGGCGGCGGCCGGCCUGGCGGCGGGCUCGAGCUGGAGGCGGGCCAGGGGGCCGGGGGAGCGUGGCCUGGAGGACGACGAGGACGGAGCACACGGCGGCAACGGAACGGACCAAAGCGUCUACAGCUACCGGGCCUGGACUUCGGGCACCGGGCCCGCGGGCGACCCCCAUCUCUACCUGCUGCUGGGCGGCGCCCUGGGCGCCCUGGGGCUGCUGCGGUCCUAGGCCAGACCGGGCUCGGGGUCCAGAUCUGCCCCCAGCCAGCGCCCUCCCCGCAGGCCCCGCGGGCCACCCCAGAGGCCGCCAAGCGCUGAGCGCCCCUCCCCUCCAUGGCCCACGGCCUCCAAGCCCAGGGACGCUGCUUGGGCACUCCCGCCAGUCCAGUCAGGAGGCCCGGAGGCACCUCCUGUUCCCCCUCCUGCCCAAGCCCCUCUGAGCCUCCCCACCUCUCACCCUACCGGGGGACCAAUAGCCCAUCAGCUCCAGGAUGCCCUGCCUACCACCUGGAGGUUAGGGUCCUCCCCAGCCCGAAAGGCAGGUGUCCUGUGGUUCCUGCACCAUCCUGGCCAGCUGCCCACCACUCUGCAGGCUGUUCAGGCCACUCCAGCUCCCCUGACCCCACCCUGGACACUUGAGAGGUGUGGACAGUGCUGACCACCAGGUAGAGGUCAGCCCGCAGGCUGGGCUGCUUCUGCCACAGCCCUGAGUACAUGAUGGCCUCGCCUACAGAAGCAGCCCCAAUGGACCAAAGGACUUGAGGACUUGGGGGAAAAGAGGUUUCCUUCACAGUCUACUCAGCUGGCCACCUGUCCAGAAGAGGCGGCGGGGCACGUCUGUGAACUGCCGAGCCCAGGCAUGGCCCUGUGGUUUUCCGAUGGCUGCCAGGAUGCCCUCACCCACAGGAACUGCCCAAGCCUUGCCCUUGCCAUCGGGCCCAGGGGCCGUGUCCCCCUCUGGGCAGACACUCUGCGAGACCCACUGCCAGGGGCUCCCUUAGAGCCACUCUGCUCUGACUUGAAACAAGUCACUUAAGUCUUCUUGGACGUAUUUUGGAAAACAGUUUAAACUUCAAGAGCUUUCCGUUUGCUCUGAGCUCCAGGUCCACGUUGCAGGAUGGGAGACCCCCUGUAGGCGGGGACGGACGCUGUGGCGGGUGGUCCCUCAGAAGCUGAGGGCAACGUGGACCGAAGGAGCCGGGGCUCGAGUCAGACCCACGGCCGCAUGGCCACAGGCAGGUCCCCAGAGGCAGGGCCCAGCACGCCCAGCAAGUACCGCCAGAUGUGAGGGCACCUGUCCAGCAGAAGCAGCACAGGAAAAGCCGAGCUUUCUCCACACCCUGAAGGCUGUCAGAACAAGCCCAGAACAGCCUCUGAAGGAACACAAGGCAGGUCCUGACGUGGGUUUACUGCUGGCACCCAACGCCUGUGCGGAAGGUCAUCCCUUCGCCUCUCAGGUGCCUUUCCCUCAAGCCGCCAGCCUGGUCCACUGGCCGUGAGCUGAGCCUGGGGCCCUGGCCUUUCGCACAUCCUCUGGCUUGGACAACCUCCCGUCCCUCAGCAGGACAGCUCCGGGCCGGGCUCCCAGGUCAGGCUCUCCUGUGCUCUGCCGGAGCCUCGCCCACCCCAGAGCUACAGGGCCUUUGGACUCAGUUGGUGGACACCAGUGCCGCGAUCAGCGUCUCCCAGGAGGCUGCCACCUCCACCCCCCACCCCCACCCCCACAGCUGGCGCUCAGCUCUGGUUACAGGGAGGGUCUCCAGAUUAUCCGCAGGGCGUGGACCAAGCAUUCUCUCCAAAGACCCAGGCGCUAAGCUGCACGACGCAGCUCCGUGAGCCUCCCGUGUCCACACUGCCAGAAUCCUUGGUGCAGUGCCCAGAUGCCCUCCGUCCUCCCAGAUCAAGCUCGAUGCUCCUAAAGACCAGCAGGUUGUGGCCAAGCCCUGGCCAGGGUCUCAGAAGCAGCAUGAACAGGGCUUCCUAGGUGGCGCAGUGGUUAAGAAUCCGCCUGCCAAUGCAGAGGUCACAGGUUCGAUCCCAGCUCCACGAAGAUCCCACAUGCCACGGAGCAACUAAGCCCGUGUGCCCAAAAAAAAAAAGCAGCGUGACCUCAAGUCUUGAACAGGGGGGUGCACCAGGGCAGCUCCUCAGGCAACUCAGCCCUCCCUGAUGGACCUGGCUGGGCUGUAUCCCGCCUCAGAUGCCCACCCCGACGCGGACUGCAGCUGGUCCAGACCCUCACAGGCCUCUGCAGCGUGAGCCGCCAGCACACCUGGGCGUGAGGGGAGCACCACUCAUGUCAAGCUGCUCCACACACCAGCCCGACUCCAGGAGCACCUGGCACCUGGCACAGCCAUGAAUCCCUGAAUACUCCCCACCCCUCCGGGUCAGGGUUCCAGCAGGAGGCAGGUGGCACUCAGG